AUGAAAACAGCUCUAAUGGUGGCCGAGAAACCUUCCUUGGCAGCGUCUCUUGCUAAUAUAUUGAGCAAUGGACGAUGUACUACCAGAAAAGGAUUGAACGGAUCCUGCUCCGUUCACGAAUGGAUCGGUCCGUUUAGAUCCGAGACGGUGAAUUUCAAAAUGACAUCCGUAUGCGGGCACGUCAUGACGUUGGACUUCAUUGGGAAGUACAACAACUGGGACAAGGUGGAUCCGGCAGAGUUAUUCUCGUGUCCAACAGAGAAGAAGGAAGCGGUACCCAAGCUAAAGAUACCGUACUUUUUAGCCAAGGAAGGAACGCAUUGUGAUUACCUGGUAUUGUGGUUAGACUGUGACAAAGAGGGUGAAAACAUUUGCUUCGAAGUGAUAAACGCGGUGCAGCAGGGAAUGCAUAGGAAGUUACAUAUAAAUGAUAUAUGGCGAGCGCGAUUCUCUGCCAUCACGGAGAAGGACAUCAAAUCAGCCUUGGCAAAUCUGAUAAAACCAAACGAAAAUGAGGCGAGAAGCGUCGACGCGCGUCAAGAGUUAGACCUACGAAUAGGUUGCGCAUUUACGCGCUACCAAACAAAGUUCUUUCAAGGCAAGUACGGAGAUCUGGACGUGUCUCUGAUUUCCUAUGGCCCCUGCCAGACGCCAACGUUGGGAUUCUGCGUACAGAGGCACGACGAGAUUCAGACCUUCAAACCGGACCCGUACUGGGUGUUACAGGUGACUGUCAAGUGUUCGGACGGACAAGACAUCGUGCUGAACUGGGGGCGCGUACGUUCCUUCGACAAGGAGGUUGCGAGCAUGUUCUUGAGCCACGUUAAGGAACACGAUCGAGCAACCGUGGUGAGCGUACAGAGCGCGGAGAAGUCGAAAUCGCGACCCAUGGCACUGAACACGGUGGAGUUGAUGCGAGUCGCGAGUUCCGGGCUGGGAAUGGGUCCGCAGCACGCCAUGCAAAUCGCGGAGAGGCUCUACACUCAGGGAUACAUAAGUUACCCCCGCACGGAGACGACGUCGUAUCCCGAAAAUUUUGAUUUACUCUCAACGCUGAAGCAACAGCAAAACAGUGCGGAGUGGGGCGAGGAAGUUCGCAAGGUGAUAGCGGCUGGCAUAAACAGACCGAAGAAGGGCCACGACGCGGGCGAUCAUCCCCCGAUAACGCCGAUGAAACACGCGACCAGAAACGAGCUCGAUGGCGACUCGUGGAGACUGUACGAUUACAUAACGCGACACUUUAUCGCCACGUUGGCGCGGGACUGCAAGUACUUGAGCACCACGGUGAAGUUUGAGAUUGGAAUGGAGAUAUUCACGGCGACCGGACACAGCCUGCUGGAUCCCGGAUACACGAGUAUUCUCACCUGGCAGGCGCUCGGUAACAACGACACUCUACCGAGGUUCACGUCCGAGGAGAAGGUGCCCAUACAGGAGGCGAAACUGAUCGAGUGUUACACGCAACCGCCGGACUACCUGACGGAAGCGGAAUUGAUAACCCUCAUGGAGAAACACGGCAUCGGAACGGACGCUUCGAUUCCCGUGCACAUAAAUAACAUUUGCAUCAGAAACUACGUCAGUGUCGCGGCGGGGAGGAAGUUGGUGCCCACUUCUCUCGGGAUCGUCCUGGUGCACGGAUACCAGAAGAUAGAUCCCGAACUGGUUCUGCCCACCAUGAGGUCCGCAGUGGAGGAGCAGCUGAAUCUGAUAGCGCUGGGUCGUGCCGAUUUCCACGCCGUCCUCCAGCACACCGUGGAGAUCUUCAAGCAAAAAUUUCACUACUUCGUACAAAGUAUAGAGGCUAUGGAUCAACUGUUCGAGGUCUCCUUCUCUCCGCUGUCCGCGUCCGGUAAAGCGCAUUCCAGAUGCGGCAAGUGUCGCCGGUACAUGAAGUACAUACAAACCAAGCCGUCGAGAAUGCACUGCGCGCACUGCAACGAAACUUAUAACCUGCCACAAAAUGGAAACAUAAGGAUAUACAAGGAGCUCAAGUGCCCAUUGGACGAUUUCGAAUUGCUCUCCUGGUCGACCGGAACGCGCGGGAAGAGUUACACGUUCUGCCCGUACUGCUACAACAAUCCACCGUUUAGGGACAUGAAGAAGGGCACGAGCGGCUGCAACUCGUGCACGCACCCGACGUGUCCGCACGGCAUGAACUCGAACGGCUUGUCCAGCUGCCUGGAGUGCGACCUGGGUAUUCUCGUGCUGGACCCAUCGGCUGCACCCAAGUGGAAGCUGGGGUGCAACCGUUGCGACGUUAUUAUCCACCUGUUCGAAAAUGCGCACAAAGUGACCGUCGACGUGGACACGUGCGACUGCGGUGCGCAAUUGGUCACCGUGGAGUACAAGCAGGAUAAGAGUAAACUCCCCAACGAAGCGACGGAGAUGUCCGGCUGCGUGUUUUGCACCGCGGCUUUUGCUGCCCUGGUGGAGAAGCAUCGCGCGGUAGCGUCGAAACCGGUGGUCACGCGCGGCCGGGGCCACACCAAGAGCCGCAAUCGAGGCAAACCGAAACCUCCGAAGGACAAAAUGGCACAAUUGGCGGCAUACUUUGUAUAAUCGCUCGAAGCCGAGCGAAGCCGAUGUCACCGCGCCAUAACUCUGCGCCGUAUCUCAACGAGAUUCAUUGUUUUCUUUUUUCUUUUUUUCAAUAAAUCGUAAUCUCUGUUUCAUAA